GGAAGAUACGAGCGGACCACUCUCAUCGCUUCUUGUGCGCGAAACGCGGUAUGUGAGUCUUUUUCCUUACUUCCUCCCCAACCUCCCCCAUUUAUUCAUUUACUUGGGGUACUGCGAUCAUCUCUGCAUCGUUCUAGAAAAAUUGCGAAAAAAGUGGAGGGAGGGACGACGGGGGAAGGCAAAGUGUAAGAGCGGCACAGCAGGUUAGUUACGGCCGGCCAGGUAGGAGUGUUAAGGUUCUUUUCCUUGGGACGAUACACCUAUAUACCUACCUACCUAUGCGCGUACGUCGUCGUCGUCGUCGGCCAAGUCAGGAGAUAGGGUACUGUACUGCAGCAGUAGGCGUUUGCGUUUGCGGAUCGGAGGGGGGGGAAAUAAUAAGCAUCUUAAUUUCCCGACCUCUGAAUGAGUGGUUGGGAGGGAGGGAGAGCGAAGGAGGGUUGCGUUGCAGUGCAGUGCAGUGCAGUAGGGUGGCUUGGGCGUGCCGUGUGAGGGAUUGGAUGGCUCGUGGAUGCCGGAUGCCGGACGAAAGACGGACGGGGUUUCUUUCGGCUUGCUGGAUGGAGGAGGGUCGGGGCGAAGCCGCUUUGAGGGGGGAUGGGAGGUGCGGAUUGGGUGGUUCGGGUGCGAAUGCGAGACCAAGAUGGAGAGAGGUUGUUAAACGAGGGUGGAAAAGGGGGGUUGGUUUGUUUGAGAGAGGAGUUGAGGAUUGGGAUUUGGUCGGGUUCGGGUUUGGCGCUUGUUUGGAUAAAGGUGUGGCUUUGUGUUUGUAAGAAUUGAAUUGAUGACUUGCUGACUUGCAAUGUUUCCUGUAUUCGAACUG